GUGAAGCAGACCAUUGCUCACCAGCAGCAACAACUAACUAACCUCCAGAUGGCAGCAGUGACAAUGGGCUUUGGAGAUCCUCUCUCACCUUUACAAUCGGUCAAUAGAAAUAUUAAACUUUUUUUUUCUGUGCGCACUUCUGUUAAAGGGACUAUUGCCCUCUUUAAUUGGCUGAUGUGAGCCGCCUCAAAACUAUUUACUUGGAUAAAACAUAUUUUAAAGUAGAUGUGACAUGGUUUUCUUUGUGGUUCAAGAAGGCAAAUAUAUAUCUACACACAAAUAAUAUCUUAAGUACUAAGCAAAACCAUGCUAGUUUAUUCCCUUCUCUCCCGGUGAUAGGAUAUAUUAUAGCUAUUUAUCUAAUAGUGUGGAAUUUUGGUGAAGUCAUUCUUUAGCAUUGUUUCAGACUAGACUCUGGCAAUGUGUGGAAUCAUACGCCUUGUCGAUCCCUAUGCAGCACUUUCUUUUUUCACAAAUAUAUUGAGAACCGCUUAUCCAAUUGUGAAGGAAAUUGUUUAGCAUAAUUUGUUGAGAAUAUAGGGGAUUAUGGUUUUUUUUUUUUGUUUUGUUUUUUUUUUUAAACCUGUAUGUAGCACUUAUUUUCAGAGAACUGACUUUCCAGUUGUGAUGUAUAGAGUAUGUGUCGUCACCUGUCCAUCAAUAUAUUAUGCUCACAUUUUUACCUUUUAUCUGGAGAACCUCUUAUGGUCUUUUUGAUGAAAAUGUAUAGGCAUUCUGUAGCACAAAUUAUUGAAAGUAUCAUGCAAAGUUUGUCUAAUGUUACAUUUGUGUAUAUAGUGUAUACCGGUCAUCGUGAUCUGUUUAUUUCCUAUUCUGAUGGCUUUUUUGACAUCCGUGAUGGGAAGUAUGUUAGUGACAUGCUAUUUUGGAUUGGAUUGCAAUGUUUAACCUUUUCACCCUUAGAUACUGCUGCUGUAAUAAAUGCCCCCACCACCCCCUCUACAGAACCAGACACCUAUUUGCAAUGGCAGCCCAGCGGCAGCGUGCGCUAGCUAUCAUGUGUCGAGUUUACGUGGGCUCUAUUUACUAUGAGCUGGGGGAGGACACAGUCCGACAAGCUUUUGCUCAUUUUGGACCCAUCAAAAGCAUUGAUAUGUCCUGGGACUCUGUCACCAUGAAACACAAGGGGUUUGCCUUUGUGGAGUAUGAAGUCCCAGAGGCAGCACAGCUUGCCCUGGAACAGAUGAACUCGGUCAUGCUGGGAGGCAGAAACAUCAAGGUGGGCAGACCAAGUAAUAUUGGCCAAGCUCAGCCCAUUAUUGACCAGCUAGCAGAAGAGGCACGGUCCUUUAACCGGAUCUAUGUAGCAUCUAUACAUCCAGACCUGUCUGAUGAGGACAUCAAGAGUGUCUUUGAGGCUUUUGGAAAAAUCAAAUCCUGCACUCUAGUCAGAGACCCCACUACGGGCAAACACAAAGGUUACGGCUUUAUUGAAUAUGAAAAGUCUCAAUCGUCUCAGGAUGCUGUGUCUUCCAUGAACCGUUUUGAUCUGGGAGGUCAGUUACUGUGCGUCGGUAAAGCAGUCACUCCAGCCAAUGCACUUCUGGCCCCCAUGACCCCUGGAGGCUUACCUCCUGCUGCAGCAGUGGCGGCGGCAGCAGCGACAGCCAAGAUCACAGCGCAGGAAGCAGUAGCUGGCACCUCAGCACUGAAUGCGCUCACGACUCCAACACUGACGCUGGGACAGACAUUGGGACAAACUCUGGGACAGCCGCGGGGGGCUCUACCCCAGGCAAUGAUGGCAGCACAAGCACUGGGCGUCUUCUCAGGUGUGAACCAAAUGCAGCCACUCCUUCCAGUGAUCCCACAGGUUGGGUUAGUGAACCCGGUCCUCUCCACCCCUCCAGCGCUAGCAGCCGCCGCAAAGGCCAAGAAGGAGAAGGAGAAGGAGGAAGAGGUGAGAGCGGAUGGAGAGCGGACAGAGAUGCUGAGCGAACAGGAGCACAUGAGCAUCUCUGGCACUAGUGCCAGACACAUGGUCAUGCAGAAACUGAUGAGGAAACAGGAGUCAACGGUGAUGGUGCUUCGGAACAUGGUUGGUCCCGAGGACAUUGAUGAUGAUCUUGAGGGAGAGGUGACGGAGGAGUGUGGCAAGUUCGGGGCAGUGAACCGUGUGAUCAUCUACCAGGAGAAACAGGGGGAGGAGGAGGACGCCGAGGUGAUUGUCAAGAUAUUUGUGGAGUUCUCAACGGCAACCGAGAUGGACAAAGGCAUCCAGGCGCUGAAUGGGCGCUGGUUUGGAGGCAGGAAAGUCAUUGCUGAGGUCUACGACGAGGAGCGCUUCAACAACAGUGACCUGUCUGCUUAAAUUCUCGCUCUCUCGCGCGGACACACACACUCUGACACACUGUUGUGGCUACUACUAUUUUUAACUUUAACUUUUU